CAGAGCAAAAUAUUGGUGACAACACGGAAACAGAAGGUUGCAGAGAUUGGAUUGGCAGUGGAACAUGGGCUUUUACAUGUGGAUGCUGCUCUGGAACUACUCAAAAAUAAAGCAUUUCAGCAUGGAAACAUUCCAGACUUUGCAUUGGAAGAAAGAUUAAAGAAAAUUGGGAAUGAAAUGGUGCAUAAAUGUGGCUAUCUGCCUUUGGCGAUUUCUUUACUCGGUGGGCUCUUGAGAAAGAAAAAUUCGAUUAUUGAGUGGGAAUUAGUAAAUGAAUAUCAAAGAAGCCAUAUACAGUGAUGAAAAGCAGAUUGAUGGAGUGCUAAGCUUAAGCUAUGAAAGUCUGCCCUAUUAUUUGAAGCCCUGCUUUCUCUAUAUGAGUAUAUUCAACGAGGACCAAACCAUACAUGCUAUGCAUCUAUAUAGGAUGUGGAUAGCACAAGGCAUGAUUUCAUAUAAGAAUAUUGGAGACAAGGAGAAAACUUUAAUUGACAUUGCUGAGCUGUACUUAAGUGAGUUGGCCUCCAGGUCCAUCGUUCAAGUUGAAUUCCAGUUAGCUUAUGAUGUCGCCAAUAGAACUAGAAAAUAUCAUUCAUGCAAACUUCAUGAUGUAGUACGAGAACUAUGUUUGAAAUUGGGGAAAAUGGAGGAUUUUGGUGUACAGAGUUUGGAGUAUCAAGGUGGGAAACUUAGUACCUUACUACGGGAAGCUUCCUCACAUAUGAAAAUCCAACAUUUGGCUAUUCGUUUCAGAAGUGAAUUUGAGCAUGAGCUUACAGUCGCUUUUGGAGAAGAUACUAGCCAACAUAUAAGGUCUCUUCAAACAUCCAAUCUCAUAAAAUCGAAGAUUAUUGAGUUUCCUCCACAAAGUAUAGUUGAUUUUCAGAAAUUUAAAUUACUGAGAGAUCUAGUUAUCAUGAGAUUCAAAUUUGCUGGAGGAAAGUUACCGAGAGGAAUCACUAAUCUUGUUCACCUUAGAUGUUUGCGUUUAGAAGAAUGUGAACUUGAUAAGCUACCGUCAUCCAUUAGGAAUUUGGUAUACAUGGAUACGCUUGAUUUAAGAAGUUCAAUGAAUGUUGAAGUUCCAAAUUUUUUCAAGGAGAUGUUGCAAUUAAAGCACUUGAUUUUUCCAUUCUAUGGAAAUGAAAAGGUUGGAAAAUAUCAAGUAAGAUUGGAUGAGGGAUUUGAUGGAUUGGAGACUCUACUACACAUUGAUAGUAGAUAUCAUGAAUUUAAAUGUAUGGACAGAAUGAUGAAUCUCCAACGUUUUGCAGCAAGAAUACAUGAAAAAGAAAGCUUGUCAGCUAUCAUGUGUGCCAUUGCGAAUUGGAAUAAGAUAGUGGUUUGUAGAGUUUAUAUCGGGGACAGUUGCGACCUAACAAGUGAGCAAAUGCUGGAGAAGGCUUUGACAUGUCCCAAUCUUCAUGACUUGGGGAUCAGUUCAAAGUUAGGGAAGGCGCUAGCAGGGUGCGGGAGUGACUUGAUGAGCUCGAAACUUAGGUUGUUGGAUCUGUUUGGAUCUGGGAUUGAGGAUGAUCCAAUGGGGAUACUGGGAAAGCUUCCUUGCUUGAUCAGAUUGCGAUUAUAUUGGGAAUCAUUUGUUGGGGAGAAGAUGAGGUGUCCAGCGAACAGUUUUCUUCGCCUCAAGAGGCUAACAUUAAGAGGUUUACCAAAGUUGAGGGAGUGGAGAGUUGAGUUAGGAGCCAUGCCCCUUCUCUCUAAAGUAAAGAUCGCAGACUGUUCUUGUCUGGAGAUGAUUCCAGAGGGAUUGAGUGCCAUUUCUACCCUUCAGAAACUUGUAAUUAAACAUAUGCCGAAAUUGAGAAAAAGGGUAAUGCCUUCAGGACAUGAUUUCCACAAAAUCUGCCAUGUCUCUUCCAUUAUCUUCGAGGACUAGUCUUCACUCAGAUGCAGUGGUGUCGCUUGCUUUACAAAACAUCUGUGAUUUGCUAAAGGAAAAGGCAACGAUUUUAGCUGGUGUGCGCAAACAAGUGGAGGGGCUCGAGAGGCAGCUCAAAGAGAUGAAAUGUUUUCUCAAAGACGCUGACAAAAGACGUCAUGAAAGCAGUAUGUUCUUCAAUUGGAUCUUGGAGAUCACAGAUCUGGUCUACAGAUCCGAAUCCUUCAUUGAAAGAUAUGCCGCCAAUCAAGUUUAUUCAAGGAGAAGAGGCCUAAGACAGUUGGUCCGCAAAUAUUCCUGCAUCUUGACAGAGUACUACUCACUCCACCAAUUAGGCUCCGAGAUUUCACAAAUUACAUCAGAUCUCGAAAAGAUAAGCAAGGCUAUGCAAGCUAACGGCAUAACAAGGAGCAUACUCUUAAAUCCAAAUGGAGAGGGGCAAAGCUCAACUGGAAACAACAUUUCAAGGAAGACUUUUCCCAAUUUGGAGAUGGGAGAUUACUUCGUAGGCAUGGAGGAUGAGCUGAAGCUGCUUGUUCAUUAUCUAGGGAAAGAAACAAAGGAUUGGAUUAUUUCAGUGUGGGGAAUGGGUGGUUCAGGCAAGACCGCCAUUGCAAAGAAGCUCUACAGCGAGAAGACCGACUUUGAUCUCUCGGCGUGGGUUUGCAUUACUCAGCAAUGCAAUAGUCAAUUGAUUUGGGAGGAAGUUCUAAGGAAGCUAGAGAAUCGGAAGAAGAAUAAGAAGAAUAAGAAGAGUGUUUCAAUGAACGAUGAUAGACGAAUAAGGGAGGAAGUUCCAAGUCUGAAGGACUCAGAGUUGAUUGAGAGACUACAUGAGAUACAAAGUAAAAAGCGAUGUCUCAUUGUUUUGGAUGAUGUUUGGGAGCAUUGGGAUGAGUUGAAGCAGCCGUUCAUUGCCCAAGAUUCGCAGAGCAAAAUAUUGGUGACAACACGGGAACAAAAGGUUGCAGAGAAUGGAUUGGCAGUGAAACAUGGGCUUUUACCUAUGGAUGCUGCUUUGGAACUACUCAAAAACAAAGCAUUUCGGCAUGGAAACAUUCCAGACUUUGCACGGGAAGAAAGAUUUGAGGGAAUUGGGAAAGAAAUGGUGGAGAAAUGUGGGUAUUUGCCAUUGGCAAUUAGUCUACUUGGCGGGGUAUUGAGAAAGAAAAAUACGAUGGAUGAGUGGGAAUUAGUCAAUAAGGAUAUCAAAAAAGUCAUGUAUGGAGAUGAAAAGCAGAUUGAAGGAGUGCUAAAUUUAAGCUAUGAAAAUCUACCAUAUUAUUUGAAGCCUUGCUUUCUGUAUAUGGGUAUUUUCAACAAGGACGAAACAAUAGAUACAUGCGAGUUAUAUAAUAUGUGGAUAGCACAAGGCAUGAUUUCAUACGAGAAUAUUGGAGACAAGGAGGAGGACACUUUAAUGGACAUUGCUGAGCUGUACUUAACUGAGUUGGCCUCUAGUUCUCUAGUUGAAGUUACAAUUCAUUAUUCUUAUGAUGUCGCAUAUAGAACUGAAAAAUAUGAUAAAUGCAAACUUCAUGAUGUAGUUCGAGAACUAUGUUUGAAAAUGGGGAAAAGGGAGGAUUUUGGUUUGCUAAGCUUGGAGUAUCAAGGUGGGAAACUUAGUACUACCUUACUUCAGGAAUUGUCCUCGCAUAGGACAAUACGACAUUUGGUUAUCCGUUUCAGAAGUGAAGUCGAGCACGAGCUUACAGCCAUUUGUAAAGAAGAUGUUAGCAAGGGUAUAAGGUCUCUUCAAUUAAACAAUCUCAUAAGAUCAAAGGUGGUUGAGUUUCCCCCACGUAUGGUUGAUUUUCAGAAAUUCAAAUUGCUAAGAGAUCUAGUUAUAGUUGGAUUCAAAUUUGAAGGAGGGAAGUUACCGAGUGGAAUCACUAAACUUGUUCACCUUAGGCGUUUGUGUUUACAAGAUUGUGAACUUAAUAAGCUACCACCAUCCAUUAGGAAUUUGGUAUAUAUGGAUACCCUUGAUUUAGAAUGGUCAUGGAAUGUUCAAGUUCCAAGUGAUUUUAAGGAUAUGUUCCGAUUAAGACACUUGAAUUUGCCUUAUUAUGACGAUGAAAAAGUUGGAAAUCAUAGAUUGGAUGAGGGAUUAGAUGGGCUGGAGAGUCUAAAAUUCUUAGAUAGCAGAUAUCAUGAAUUUAAAUGUGUGGAUAGAAUGAUGAAUCUUCGACGUUGUGCAGCAAUAGUACACAAUAAAGAAAGCUUGUCAGAUAUCAUGAAUACCAUUAAGGACAUGAACAAGAUAGUGCAUUGUCUAGUUAUAAUUGAAAGCAAUUGCGACCUAACAAGUGAGCAAAUGCUGGAGAAGGCUUUGACAUGUCCCAAUCUUCAUGACUUGGGGAUCAGGUCAAAGUUAGGGAAUGCGCUAGCAGGGUUCGGGAGUGACUUGAUGAGCUCGAAAAUUAGGUGUUUGAAUCUGGAUGGAUCCGAGAUUGAGGAUGAUCCAAUGGGGAUACUUGGAAAGCUUCCUUGCUUGAUAAUAUUGCGAAUACAUCACGAAUCAUUUGUUGGGGAGGAGAUGAGGUGUCCAGCAAACAGUUUUCCUCGCCUCAAGAGACUAGUGUUAACAGGUUUACCAAAGUUGAGGGAGUUUAGAGUGGAGGCAGGAGCCAUGCCCCGUCUCUUUAAAUUAACAAUCGGAGAGUGUUCUUGUCUGGAGAUGCUUCCAGAGGGAUUGAGUGGCAUUUCUACCCUUCAAAAACUUGUAAUAAAACAAAUGCCAGAGUUGCGAAAAAGGGUAUCACCAUCAGGACAGAAUUUCCACAAAGUCCGCCAUGUCCCUUCAAUUCGUAUUAAGGACUAGUCUCCACACAGGUUGAGUAUUGAUUCUCUGGAAAAUAACUGACUAUCACAAAAGCCAAAAGGUAUGGUGCUCGAAGAAAACAUUUUAUCUUUCUCUAAAGGAUAGUAUAUUUGUGUUUGAAUUGAAAUUGGUGGUAUGUAAUAACUUAAUUAUUGAAUGUGAAGAAUUGUACUAUAAUUGUGUUUGGGUUGAGUUUGAUUUGUAUCGGAUUGUUUGAUUAAACUUUGUUUAAUGUUGAUCAUUUUACA